ACUCAGGGGAGCACUGGGAACGCUGAGAGCCAUGCACAGACUCGACCCCAACUGCCCCACACAUCCAAAACCUCCUGCCAAGAGCUUCACCGUGUAAGGCAUCCCACAGCCAGGGCCUCCAGCAGCGCCAGGAGACCUGCACAGCAGCGGGACCAGCAUGGGGAGGAUUGUCAAUAUUUGCCCACUUUGGGCUCUCCGGAGGAGGGGCCCUGCCGAGGGCGCAUAAAAGCCGUGACCAGCGGCACCCCGGGCUCACCAAACCCCGGAGCUGCCACCACCACCACAAUGAAGCUCCUCUCGCUGCUCCUUUUCUUGCUAGGACUGGCCCUUGCCAGCUGCAACUUGGCCCAGUUUGGAGUGAUGAUUAUGCAAAAGACGGGGAAAUCGCCGCUGGCUUACAACGGGUACGGCUGCUACUGCGGCUGGGGGGGAUCCAAGCAGCCCCUGGAUGCCACCGACAGGUGCUGCCACGCCCACGACUGCUGCUACAAGAAAUUGGUUUCCUCCGGCUGCAGGCCCAAAACGGCCACCUACAAAUAUUCCUUCCAAAGAAACCAAAUAACCUGCGGGACCGGGAACUCGUGCCAGAAAAGGACCUGUGCGUGUGACAAGAAGGCGGUCGAGUGCUUCCAGAGGGCAGCCAGCUCCUACCGCAAAUCCUACGACAACUACCCCAAAUCCAAGUGCAAGGGCAGAACACCCUCCUGCUGAACACACACCUGCCUGGCUGGGGCUCCAAACCUGACAGAAACCAUCGCAGCUGGGGGGUUCUGCCCUCCCUGUGGCCAGGCAGGACGUGGCACAGCCCCGUGGCACCAAAAUGGUGCCCAGCACCU